AUGGUGGUGAUCAAGGAAGAAGAUGGAGAGCUUGCCACAGAGGAAGACACGAAAGAGAACGCAAAGAAUGAAGAGAACAUCAUCAGGUUGCCAGAUGUGGAUCCCGCCAUCUUCGGUCUUUUCCUCAAGUUCAUCUACAAGGACUCAUAUCCAUCCAACGUGGACGCGAGGACUCUGCCAAACAAUGCCCAUGUUUACCCGAGGACAGCCAGCGCAAACACCGCUGCUUCCAUUCCAGCGACAACACUGGCACCUCGUCAACCACCCACUCAGAUGGCAUCUCACUUCCAGCCCACCUACCCGCUCACCCCCGCUCAAACCCCAACCCGAACAACCAUGCCACCCCCUCCUAUCCCACACAACAUAACCUCUCCGCAACCCAUCCCCCCUUCAAUCCACGCCUGGCUCCUCGCCCAACGUCUCGGCGCCCUCUCCUUCAUGAACCACACCAUCCAACACAUCUACUCCGGUAUAGGCCGUCACUUCGCCCUAACACCCACACUCAUCGACCACGUAUGGCGGGAGACCACACCCUCAUCUUCUCCCAUAUCAACGAUUCUAACACCCUCCCCUCUCCGCAACCUCCUCCUCCACACUCUGACGACCUACUGGUCGCAGCCAGGCCCGCAGCAGAACCCCAACGCCAUCAUCUUGCGCUCGCUAUCCGUGUCGCACGGACAAGGACAUCUCUCGACGGGGUUGAAAGACGCGUGGGAUAGGCUGUUUAACGAACAUGAGGAUUUGAGGAACGAGUUUAUUCAUGGGUUACAGGCGGGUCCGGGGCAGUUGGGUGCUGUGGGGGCGUAUUUCGCUACUUCGGCUACUGUGGUCGUGGGAACUGGGGGUGGAGGUGGGGGUAUGGGUAGGAGCGAGGCUGUGAAGGGAAAGGAGAAGGAGAAAGGUGAGGGUGUUGGAUGGGUGGAUACGGGCAGGGGGGUUAUCAUUAAGGAUGAGGAACAUGGUGGGAUGAAGGUUUUGAACGAGACGAAGGCGACUCGUGCCUAA